AUGCUGAUGCAUAACAGCGCCGCGACGCUGGCCGCCGCCGCCGCCUCCGCCACGACUGCCGCCUCCCAGUGCCGCCCCCGGCUUCCGCCCACGCCCGGCGCCGCCCCCGCCCCGGCCUCGCGCCUAGCUCCGCUCAACUGGGCGUCGGUCGCCUCGUGGUUUUUGCGCUCAGACGCGUGCACCACCGCCGCCACCACCACCACCGGCGCCUUCCCGGCCCCCAUCACCACCAGCACCACCACCACCACCACCGCCAGCAGCACCAGUGGCGGACCGGUCGCGCCCAGCGUUUGCACGGCCAUCCGCUGCACGGUCGCUAACUGCUCCUGCGAGUGCUUCACGCCCGGCAAGAUGAACAUCCGUUACUGCGACACCUGUGGACACAGCUGGGUGCCCCACGCGCUGGACAAGCUGGGAGGCAGGCAGCAGGCGCCGGCGCUGCCCGUGGAGCCGGUGCAGGCGAACGCGGCCUUCGACAUCGCGAGCCUCGUGCUGUACGGCUGCCAGGCGCUGCCCAUCAGGCUCAAGAUCCUGCUGGACAGGCUCUUCUCCGUGCUGCGCCGCGACGAGGUGCUACACGUGCUCGCCGGCUUCGGCUGGACGCACGAGGACUACGCCAGGGGAUACAUCCUGCAGGAGACGCACGGCGCGACGCUGGAGCGCUGGCACAUCUGCAGCGCCGAGGAGGAGCCGCUGGUGCUGCGCCAGUUCCUGCGCUUCGGCGAGACGCGCGCCAUCGCGCUGCAGCUCCCGCAACUGCAUCCGCCCCCACCCGUGGUCUCUAGCAGCAGCUCGAACGGACCGCUGCCGAGGUCGCCGCCGGGGGCCAGCUCCGUGAGCGUCUCACCACUUAACAGACUGCAGAGCAUGCAGCCGUUCGACUUCCGGAAGCUGGCGAGUCCUCCGGAGGCGGCGAGCGGCCGCCGCCGCCUGUCAGACGCGGUCAGCCCCCCGGUGCCGGCGUCGAUGUCUGCGUCAGCGCCGCCCCCCGGCCUGGUGGGUCUGGGCGCGCUGGCGCUGCACCCCGCGGCCUGCGGCGGCUUGCCGACGCUGCCCCCGCUGCCGCCCCCUCCCGGGGGCGGCAGCAGCGAGUUCGGCUCGGGCACCGACGACGAGGAGGACAGCGCGCACAGCGCCCUCAACCUCAGCCGCGACGGGCUCUACCGGCGCCCCGGCCCGCCCCCGCUGGCGCCGCCCCCACCGCCCCCACCUUCACUGCCUCCGGGGCUGCCCCACGGCCUACCGCCCCUGACGCAGCUGCCCCCGGGGGCGACGCCCAGGAGGGGCGUGCCGGGCCGGCGACACUGGGGCGGUGACCCCCACCUGCCCAUCAACCUUGGCACUCAGCUCAUCAACCCCGCCACCGGCAAGAAGCGCGUCCAGUGCAACGUCUGCCUCAAGACCUUCUGCGACAAGGGCGCGCUCAAGAUCCACUUCUCAGCGGUCCACCUUCGCGAGAUGCACAAGUGCACGGUGGACGGCUGCAACAUGAUGUUCAGCUCGCGGAGGUCUCGCAACCGGCACAGCGCCAACCCCAACCCCAAGCUGCACUCGCCGCACCUGCGCCGCAAGAUCUCGCCGCACGACGGCCGCUCGGCGCACGCUCACGCGCACGGCCACGGCCUGCUCGUGCAUCCGCCGCCCCCGCCGCCCCCGCACGCGCCGCCCGGCGCGCUGCCGCUGGGGCCUGUCUUCUCCCCGUUCCCGAUGCUCGGGCCCGCCGCGCACCUGCCCAAGCACAGCCUCGACCUCACCAUGCACAGGUUCGAAGAAAGCAGACGCCACGACUUCGGCAGCAGUACGCUGGGAUCGCCUCCUGAAGACACAGGUUUGCGACUCAGCGACCACUUGCCGUUGCCAGACGACCUCUCAGACGACGGCUACGACGAUGAGGACGACGGAAUCGUCGUCGACGGAGGACCAGACGACGACGACGACACGGACGAGAGGGAAAGUACGGACGUAGAGCCGCAGAACUUGACCCAGGGUCACGAGGACUCCCAGCCAGAGGCGGACGGCCUCAGCGGAGACGAGCAGCUGCAGGCGACGGAGGCCAAGCGUCCCAGGCUCGGUGGCGACGUGGAAGCGGACGCCGAGGACGAGCCUUCUGCCAGCAACCAGGGUGAGGCGAGCAACGAUGACUCGCUGAGCGCCGUCGAGGCUCACAACGCGAAGGACGCCGGCGAGGGCGCGGCCGGCGCGUCAAAGAACCCGAGGACGCGGAAGAACCGCAACCCGACGCGAUUCGCACUGCCCGCACAAACGGACAGCAACCACGUGUCCUGCGACGAGGACUCGUCUGCAGACUCGCCAUUCGCGUCAGCGCCACCUGCGAAUGAUAACGGCGCUGACGACGAGGAACCAGCAAGGGCGUCGGGGGCAACGCAUCGUACAGACGGAGCAGAUCCUUCUCCAGAAGCUACUGCCCAUACUGAAAGUGACGGAGUUGUUGAGAAGUUACCUGAUGACAGAAGUUCGGAGAAUGGUCCUGUAGACUGCACGAAGCAAAGCAGUGCGGUAGACUCUGGUGAAGUCUGCGGUAAUGGGGAGGUGGAAGGAGGGAAUGCAGAAGAAACUGGUAACCGUGAACUUCACUGUCAUGCCGAGAAAGAGCGAAGCACUCUCCAGGACUGUGAAAGAAACGCUGGGGAGGAACAGGCUACUAGGAAAGAUGAUGAUAAGGGUGGGCCAGUUGGGUGUAUAAAGGCGGAGCGGGGAGAAGAAAGGGAAGAACAAGAGGAAGAGGACUGCCACAGCGGUGAAGGGUCGAUGUCGUCGUCUACUGCACUGCAGCGUCUCGAAUGCCUUUCGCAAGGCCCGUUUUGUGGGCCGGAGCUCAACUUCUCCGGGUGUCCUUCGAGCCCAGCGAGAUCUCAAGGCUCUUCCUCCAACGAUUCGCCGGGAGAGGACGCUCACUACUUCUACCCGGAGACUGGCAGCUUCAUAGGCCCCAUGGACGUCCCCAUCGACAAAGACAACCCCCGCCGCUGUACCGCCUGUGGGAAGAUCUUCCAGAACCACUUCGGGGUGAAGACGCACUUCCAGAACGUGCACCUGAAGCUAAUGCACAAGUGCACUGUGGAAGGGUGCAACGCCGCGUUCCCGUCGAAGCGCAGCAGAGACAGGCACAGUGCCAACCUCAACCUGCACCGCAAGCUGCUGUCGACGUCGGCGGACAGCCCCGGCGGAUCGUCGCCAUCGGCAUCUGCGGCCGCGGCUGCGGCAGCGGCGUCCUUCUUCAUGGACAAGUCCUCCCCGCUCGCGGCGUCGCUGGUGGCCAACCCGUCGCUGCACGGCGAGUUCCUGGCGCGCCUGUACGCCGAGUCGCACGCGCUGCCGCUCAACCUGGAGGCGGCGUUCAAGGGACUGCCACCGCUGGGCCACGGGGGCGGCCCGCCCCCGCAGCAGCUGGUCGAGCAUAUGCUGCUCAACGGCGACCGCCUCGGGCCACCCCCGCAGCAGCAGCAGCAGCAGCCACCGCUGAUGUUGCCGCCACUAGGCUUCCCGGGCUUCUCCGGACACCUGCUGGCUGCGGCCGCCGGCCCCCUGGCGGACGCGUCGGCGCUCAAGGACCACUACGAGUGCCGGCACGCUGUGGAGCUGGCGCGCUGCGGCACCUGCGGCAAGCUCUUCACGUCCGGCGAACGCCUCCGGCAGCACGCGGACGCUGCCCACGGCGCCGCCGGGCCUGCGGGGGCGGCGGCGCGGCUGGCGGCCUGCUCGUGA